AUGGUGGGGAAAAAAAAGGAAACGUUGUUCGCCACGCGGCAGGAGGGAGCGCAUCCUAUAAGUACGACCGUGCCUCUCCCCGUUAGCGCAGACAUGAGGCUGCGGUCCCGCCUGGCUCUGGUGCUGAAGGGGCUCUGGAGCGUGCCCUUUCUGCGGGACGUGCUGUGUGAGUUCGUGGGCACGGCCCUGUUCCUGUUCGCCGGCCUGGCGUCCGUGGUGCUGUGGGGAGGGGCCCCGGGGUCGGAGGGGGGGUCCGGUCUGGACCCGGCGUCUACGGGGGCCCCUGCGGCCCCGUCCUCCUGCCUCCCCGCUCCGCUGCGCGUGGGCCUGGCGUUCGGCUCCGCCCUGGCCCUCGUCUCUGCCUGCCUGGGCCCCGCCACCUCCGCGGGGGUCCACCUCAACCCCGCCGUCACCGUGGCGAUGGUCGCCGGGCUGCGCGCCCCCCCCUGGAGGGCCGUGCUGUACGUGGGGGCCCAGUUGCUAGGCGCCCUGUCGGCCUGUUCCCUUCUGCAGGAGCUCACCCCCCCGCCACUACGGGGGCAGAGGGGUCUGACUGAGCUGGCCCCGGGCGUGUGCUCCUCCCAGGCCUUCUCUGUGGAAAGCGCCGUCUCCUUCCUGCUGGUGCUGUGUGUGGUCGUCUCCGCCCGCCCCAAAUCGCCCCUCCGCCAGCUGGGGCCCUUCGCCGUGGGCCUGUCUGUCGUGCUGGGGCACCUGGUGGCCAUGGGGGUAACAGGCUGUGGGAUGAACCCAGCCAGGUCCUUUGGUCCAGCUUUGAUGGCACAGAACUUCCACAACCACUGGGUGUACUGGGCGGGGCCGUGCACAGGGGCGGUCCUUGCCGUUGCCGUGCACGACCUGUUGCUCCACCCCCGCUGGGGUUGCCCGGGCGACUGGCUGGCGGAGCUGAGGGAGGUGGUCCUGAGCGAUGCCCGCCAGCCCAGCAGGCCUCCGGAGCGGCCGGCGGAGUGA